GGGUGGUGCAGGGCAGGGGCGGUAUAUCCUGUCUGACGGAGGGCGGGCCCCGCCAGUGCAGGGACGAGCCAGGGUGGAGGCACCAGGAGCAGCCGCCGGGAGCCUCACGCGGACCACUCGCUGAUGGCCACAGGGCGCCGCUGAGCCGAGAAGAGCACGCUCCGCCGCCGCCGCCCCGCACCUCGCCGCCCCGCGCCUCCCGCCACCAUGAACCACUCGCCGCUCAAGACCGCCCUGGCCUACGAAUGCUUCCAGGACCAGGACAACUCCACGCUGGCUUUGCCGUCGGACCAAAAGAUGAAGACAGGCACUUCGGGCAGGCAGCGCGUGCAGGAGCAGGUGAUGAUGACGGUCAAGCGGCAGAAGUCCAAGUCUUCCCAGGCGUCCACGCUGAGCCACUCCAACCGAGGUUCCAUGUACGACGGCCUGGCCGACAAUCACAACUACGGCACCACCAGCAGGAGCAGCUACUACUCCAAGUUCCAGGCAGGGAAUGGCUCGUGGGGGUACCCGAUGUACAACGGGACCCUCAAGCGGGAGCCGGACAACAGGCGCUUCAGCUCCUACAGCCAGAUGGAGAACUGGAGCCGCCACUAUCCCCGGGGCGGCUGUAACACCACCGGAGCGGGCAGCGACAUCUGCUUCAUGCAGAAAAUCAAGGCGAGCCGCAGCGAGCCCGACCUCUACUGCGACCCGAGGGGCACGCUGCGCAAGGGCACGCUGCAGAAGGGCCACAAGACCACCCAGAACCGCUACAGCUUCUACAGCACCUGCAGUGGUCAGAAGGCUGUCAAGAAGUGCCCCGUGCGCCCACCCUCCUGCUCCUCCAAGCAGGACCCGGUGUAUGUCCCGCCCAUGUCCUGCAACAAGGACCUGUCCUUUGGCCACUCCAGGGCCAGCUCCAAGAUCUGCAGUGAGGACAUUGAGUGCAGCGGGCUGACCAUCCCCAAGGCGGUGCAGUACCUGAGCUCCCAGGACGAGAAGUACCAAGCCAUUGGGGCCUAUUACAUCCAGCACACCUGCUUCCAGGAUGAAUCUGCCAAGCAACAGGUCUAUCAGCUGGGAGGCAUCUGCAAGCUGGUGGACCUCCUCCGCAGCCCCAACCAGAACGUGCAGCAGGCCGCGGCGGGGGCCCUGCGCAACCUGGUGUUCCGGAGCACCACCAACAAGCUGGAGACCCGGAGGCAGAACGGGAUCCGCGAGGCCGUCAGCCUCCUGAGGAGAACCGGGAACACCGAGAUCCAGAAGCAACUGACGGGGCUGCUCUGGAACCUGUCCUCCACCGACGAGCUGAAGGAGGAGCUGAUUGCCGACGCCCUGCCGGUUCUGGCCGACCGCGUCAUCAUCCCCUACUCCGGCCGGUGCGACGGCAACAGCAACAUGUCCCGGGAAGUGGUGGACCCCGAGGUCUUCUUCAAUGCCACAGGCUGCUUGAGGAACCUGAGCUCCGCGGACGCGGGCCGCCACGCCAUGCGCAACUACUCGGGGCUCAUCGACUCCCUCAUGGCCUAUGUGCAGAACUGCGUGGCCGCCAGCCGCUGCGACGACAAGUCCGUGGAGAACUGCAUGUGUGUCCUGCACAACCUCUCCUACCGCCUGGACGCCGAGGUGCCCACCCGCUACCGCCAGCUGGAGUAUAACGCCCGCAACGCCUACACGGACAAGUCCUCCACCGGCUGCUUCAGCAACAAGAGCGACAAGAUGAUGAACAACAACUACGACUGCCCCCUUCCUGAGGAAGAGACCAACCCCAAGGGCAGCAGCUGGUUGUACCACUCGGAUGCCAUCCGCACCUACCUGAACCUCAUGGGCAAGAGCAAGAAGGAUGCCACCCUGGAGGCCUGUGCGGGUGCCCUGCAGAACCUGACGGCCAGCAAGGGGCUGAUGUCCAGCGGCAUGAGCCAGCUGAUCGGGCUGAAGGAGAAGGGCCUGCCACAGAUCGCCCGCCUCCUGCAGUCUGGCAACUCCGACGUGGUGCGGUCCGGAGCCUCCCUCCUGAGCAACAUGUCCCGCCACCCGGUGCUGCACAGAGUGAUGGGGAACCAGGUGUUCCCGGAGGUGACCAGGCUCCUCACCAGCCACACCGGCAACACCAGCAACUCGGAAGACAUCCUGUCCUCGGCCUGCUACACUGUGAGGAACCUGAUGGCCUCACAGCCGCAGCUGGCCAAGCAGCACUUCUCCAGCAGCAUGCUCAACAACGUGGUCAACCUGAGCCGCGGCAGCGCCUCGCCCAAGGCCGCGGAAGCCGCCCGACUUCUCCUGUCCGACAUGUGGUCCAGCAGGGAGCUGCAGGGCGUCCUCAGACAGCAAGGCUUCGACAGGAACAUGCUGGGGACCUUAGCUGGGGCCAACAGCCUCAGGAACUUCACCUCCCGAUUCUAAGAAGAGGCUGUCCACGCAAGUUCACCUUGCAGAAAGAUACCACCCAGUUGAGAAGACCUCAGGCCUUGCUGGACAGCUCGUUCUGUCCAUCCUGUGCAGUGUUUGGGAAAGUUCAAAUGCGACUGAGAGGAAACCUGAAAACUGAGGAUGAUGGAAAUAUUUUUAGUUUCUUUUUUUUUCCUUGGGGGAAGUGGCAGGCGAUGGGGAUUGGGGAGGUUGGGGGGGGGCUUUCUUGAGUUAAACGGGCUUAUGUCUGAUGUCAAUACUUCUUUCUCUGAGAAAUGGUAUAUAUAUAUAUGUGUAUAAUGGAAGUGUGUGUGUGUGUGUGUGUGUGUGUGUGAGAGAGAGAGAGAGAGUGCCUACACCCAUAACCACAAACUGCAGAAAGCUAGGUAAAGCUAUUCCAGCGCAGCUCACUAGGUGGUGAAAAAAGACCCUCCCGUGCUUCUUACUCACGGGCAAGGAUGACACGUGCUUUGUGGUGAGCUGCCCAUAGGUCCUGAAACGCACUGUGCCAGGGCAGGGGGCUCUGGGGAGCCAGGCCCACCCAUGCAGGAGGCCUGUGGGCUUCCCACCUGCCAUCUCUGGGGGCAGGAAGAGGAACUGAGGCCGGGCUAACCUCCCCCCGUAAGAGGCUGCUUUGCAGAAGGGGAGAUCUGGUGUAUCUCAUGGGGAGUUUAGUGUGUCUGCUAAGGCCACCUCCCUGCAGUGCCACCAGGACUGGGGGUGGCGGGGUGUGGGCUCUGGAGACAGCCAGGCUUUCUCUCUUGCUGUGCUGUGUGAGGUCUGCCGGGGAGGUAGGAGCCAGAGAGACGGGCCGGCAAAGCCCUGCUCAUUACAGGACGGAGAAGGCAGAAACGGUGCUCGAGGAAGCCAAAGAGGUGUUCGGGGAAUGGCUGUUUGGUCUUCACGUUCCCAGCGGAGAGGGGAAGCGGCCAGGGCCGGGCUCGCACCUGCUCCGGCUUCCCGGGGGCCGGGACGGGUGGGGGUGUGGAAAUUAACCAGGAAGAUGCUUCCCAGCAAACCCUGCUGUGAGUCCAGCGAGGGAGCGCUGGGUCCCGGAGACUCGGAGGAAGGGAAUUUGGACAGGCGAGGACAGGGAAGUGUCCCCCCAUCAGGGCACCAGCAACCCCACACUUCAGCCAGGGUCCGUCCCCACCUUCCCCUGAAGCUCGGCCAUCCCGUCUCCUCUCUGUGAGACCCACUGGGGAUGUGACAAGGAGCCCUAUCAGGGCACCUGCCGCCCGGCCCCAGCUAUGUGCACUGCAGGUGACCCUCAGAGCCGACUGCCAGGGAGGGCAGAGCCUGGCCUUCUGGGGCCUCCCCGCUCCAGCCCCACCUGUGUGUCCGAGCUGCUGGUGUCAGAGGGGAACUAACUGCGUGCUCUGCACCCUUCUCUAGAGCAGUGUAAGAUGCUGCUGCUGCUCCUCCUCCUCCUCCUCCUCCUCACUCCUCAGCCUCCUCCCAAGUCUCCUGACCCUCUGCACACCCCGCAGUCCCACCCCACUUCUCACCCCAGCAGUCAGAACUGGAAAACACCGUUCUGAACUCUGCAUGUGCCUAUUAAGAGCUGAGACAACUGAGGAUGGGGGAGGCCAGACAUGAGAGGGCGCUGUCCCCCGAGAGGAGUCCCAGGCCAUCUAACCAGGUGUGCAGUGGUGCUGUGGUCUUGGCACCCUCCUGUUCCUGCCCAUGCUGAAAGGCCUGCUCCCGGCUUGCCAGGCCCUCUCGGGGACCCACGUGGGGGCCUGGUCGCACCAGACGGUCCUGGGCAUAGUUUCAGGGUGCCCCCUCUGCCCGUCAUCGGGACACAGAGGGAUUCAUCUCUUAAAAAAUAUUUAUGGAGCACCCACCUGUGCCAGGCGGUGCUGGGAGCACCCAGGACACACCUGUGAACAAAACAGACCACACCUGUCCCAGCAUGGCUCAUGUUCUCCCGGAGGACAGAGGGGACAUGGGGGCCUUGGCUUUAGGGGUGCCCCAGUCUGAGAGGGGCCGUGCAGUCCAUAAACUGCUACUCGUGACACUGCUGUAAGCCCGGAGAUGCCUCUUCCCCUUAGCACCACUCUGACCUCUGGCUCCUUUUCCUUCCCCGGAGGAAGAGUCAGGUGGGCCCAGUGCUCUGCCUCGGGAAAGAGGCAGCUUGAACCCUCAGUGAGCUGAGGAGGACGGGUAGGCCAGGCCCGAUUUUGGUAACCUCUUGUGCCCUUCUCAGGCCAGCCAGGUGGGCCUGGUCACCCAGGCCUCUGACCCGUGCCUGUCGCUUUGGACGAGGCAAUACUGAGAGAGCUUGAGGAUGCCUCUCCUAGAGAAAGAGAGGAAGGAGUCUGCUGGCCUCCGGGUAUCCGGGUAUCCGAGCCGUGUCUCAAUAUUUUAAGUCCAUGUUGACCUCAGGCUACCGGGGCCGACACCCCACACAAGCAGCUCCACUGUGAGGCCAAGUGAAGACAGGCACAGGCUCUGUCCCCACCCUGACCCCAGGAUGUCCUAUGCUUAGGACAGUUACGGCCACCAGCAGCCUCUCCAGUGGGGCCAGACCAGCAGCUCACACUCCACGUUUCUCCUGGGGACCAAGAGGCACGAUGUCCUGUCUGCUUGCCCAGCUCGGAGCCCGUCUGGGAGGUGGGCGGCUGGGAGGG